AUGGUCGAUGUUGUUAUGGCAGGCUCAUUGGAAGAAUACGAAUUUUCGGAAGCAGUAAGGGAAGACGUUGAAAUUCAAAGCAAAACCAUUGCACAGAUAGAAGUAGAAGAUGGUGAGCUACCAGAAGAAGGUGAAAUCUGUGACGACGAAGAUGUUGAAGGACGCGAUCAUGAAACAACGGAAAAUCGAGAAACAGCGCAGGCUGUAUCUCCAAAUAUGUCUUUGAAUCAGCCGCCUUUACGUAAACCGCGUGAUCUCGACAAAGAAAUGGCGAAUACAAGAGGUGCUGAAGGUAGUAUGCUCAGUUCUUGGAUGACUGGCGUAAAACAGCGUGCAAAGCCGGGAAUUACAACAAUCGCCUCUCCAACGGUUGAUGCAAAUGAAGAAUAUUAUGGGUACGGCAAUAACUCACCAAAUGAUGGAACAGGGGACAAAGAUUAUAGAAAUCGAGGAGGGGAUUCAGCUGAUAAGGAUUAUCGUUGGAUACGAGAUGAAGAUGGACACAGAGGACCUGGUGAUGUGAAUGAAUUUGGCGACAGCGAUUACAGAGGCGGAUCACCCAAAAUGGAAAGACGCCGUCGACGUUCUGUAAGUCCAACAUAUGGUGGUCCCAAGCGACCAAGACACUCACCACCAGUGCGAGGUUGCUAUCGCGGAAGAGGUUUUCGAGGGCGUUGGGGCGAGCGUCAGAUUUGUAAAUUCUUCCGCGAGGGAUAUUGUAGAGAUGGUGACAGCUGUUCAUAUUCGCACGAUGCUGCAGAUUCUGGUCGCAAAGCUGAACUAUGCAAAUUUUACCAACAAGGUUUUUGUAAAAAAGGUCUUCAGUGUCCUUUACUACAUGGAGAGUAUCCAUGUAAAGCUUUUCAUAAAGGAGAAUGCUCGAAAGAUCCAUGCCAGUUUUCACAUUUACCUCUCAACAGUUUCACACAGCCAAUAUUUGAUCAGAUGAUGAAAGACGAUGAAUUAGCAUCGCGUAUAGCUAUUCCACAAGGUCCUUUGAAACGACGAGUUUUGCUUCCUGGUGGACCAAGUUCUUCACCUGGUGCUCAGCCAACGGUACCGGCAAUUGUUACAGUGACUGCAGAUGGUGGAAUAACUGGCGGUGUAAUACCUCCACCUGCUGUCGUUGUUCCAACUUUAUCAUCAGGAGCACCGGUUACUAUUUCUCAACCUCAGCUCGUCAUACCACCACCUUUGACGGCUAAUCCAACUCCUUACCCUGCUUUCUUUCCGCACCACUCAGUUCCAACUACAGCUGUUGUGAACCCAGCAUCACUAAGUGGUGCUGUUCCUGGACUGGUACCUCCUCAACCUGUACAGAGCGCAACAGCUAUUCUACAGCAAUAUUCGACAAGUGUUGAGAAACGUAGUUCACUAGAGGAUGAGGAAGACAAUUCAUUUAACAUCAACAAAAUGCUGGAACAAAUAACAGCUAAAGUGAAGAAGGACAAUAUUAUAGAUGAAUCUCCUGCAAGUCCUCCUAUAUUUAAUCCAGAUGCAGUUGCUGAUGAAAAUGCUCGAGCUAUUCCGGAAACAAAUAUUCUUGCAUGGAAACUACAUCCAGUCGAUAACAUACCAAGUCCUCAAACAAAUAUUGAUUCACAGAUAUUGCAGAUGUCAUUAACUGAUGCUGGUCUUCGUAACGAUCCGCGUAUUAAGAAAGCACUGGCGUCACAGUUUGAUGCUUUUACGAAUUCCUUAAUGAAUGCCGCACCACCACCACUACCACAACCGGCUCAAAUCUUUGCGCAGCAGUCGAAUACUACAGCAAGUACAUCUGCUAUCCAGUCCACUGUUCUUUCUAUUCUUCCAAAAGAAGAGUCAAGUGCAUCGAAGUUAACCGAUCCGAGGAUGUCGACUGUAAGUCGAGAUCCGCGUAAAAGGACAACAGUCAGUGAUCCACGUGUAACAGCUGUUGGUGAUUCACGUCUAGUUUCUACCGUGACUCCUACAUUGGACCCACGUCUUGCUUCGCCUGGUAUCGUAAUUCAUAUGGGACAAAUACCGUCAACAUCUACAUCAAGAGUUGGAAUUGAUAGCCUAUAUGGGGCAGCAGUGCAGACAACAACUCAAAAUCGUGAUCAAGAUCAUCGUUUGAACCCAUCUGGUUAUGAAAAUACUCAUAUGGAAGAACACAAUACAGAGCGGGUUGGUAGUUAUGAAAGUCGUCGUAGUUCAGGAGGUAGCUGGAUGCCACAGAUUCGUGCUGCUGUUGAUCCACGUCAAGUGAAAAGGUAUAUAAUUGGUGGAUAUAGGAGUGAACUUAACAAUCAAGAUCGUGACGAAAGAGCAGUGAAUCGUGCGAGAGGAGAAGGAACCAAAUCACCGUCAAAUAAUUCUGCUGCAGCUAAUGCGACCACCGUACCUCAAGCUCCUCUUUCUUUGCGAGAAAAGAGGAAAAACAAUGAAUAUGAAAGUCCUCUAAGCAGAAUUCCGGAAAAAACUCGGUGGACAUAG